AUGGCAGCGACGGAGGCGGCCUGGCAGCCGCCGCAAGCCUCACUUCGAGCACCGUUCGUGUGGGACCACGAUGGCGAGACUCCAUCCGCCAUGGCCUUCAACACGUGGCAUCCCCGCUAUCGCAACCACCUCGCAUGCGUCUCUGCAAACAUGUGCCUGAUGUUCGGGUCUGUCUCCCUGGCUGUGUGCGUGCCACUGCCCGCGCAGCUCAUGCUGCUGGAGUGCAAGGCGGACGGCUCCAUUGCGUACACACACACCUUCUUCCACUUGCACCCCACCGAAAGGGCGGCCGAGGAGGCGGCACGGCCGUUGGAUGCGGCUCCAUCCACCACAGGGCCGACCCCGCCCCCCACAGGGGCGAGUGAGCCUAACGCGGACAGCCCUGAAGCGCCCACAGCUGAUGUAACAUGUGGUAACCAGGCGAGGGGGAUGGAGAGGUAUGCAGCGGUGGCGUGGGUGGUGGACGAGGAGGGGCGAGUGCUGGUGGCGGCGGGCGGCGAGCUGGGUGUGGUGCGCAUCGUCGACUUCCACUCGCGCCGCCCCUUCAAGGUGUGCCAGCCCUUCGCGGCUACGGUGCUGCUCGGCUUCGCGGCUACACGGCUGCUCGGCUUCGCGGCUACGCUGCUGCUCGGCUGCGUUGCUGCACCUGUUCAGCUGCGGGAAAGAGGGGGGAUGGGGGUAGGAGUGCAGCUGCGGGGCGACGGGCGGCGGCCCGACGAGAAGCUGCAGGGCGACGGGCGGCAGCCCGAAGAGAAGCUGCAGGGCGACGAGCGGCGGCCCGACGAGAAGCUGCAGGGCGACGGGCGGCGGCCCGACGAGGAGAAGAACUGGUGUGGGAGCGCCAAUUUCCUCCACUCCCCCCCUCCCACCUCUUCCUGCUCACAUGCCUGUUCCCUCGUACCGCCUUCUACUGCUCACGCUCCACCUCCCUCUAUAGCAGUGUCUCUUCCCGUCACUCCUUCUCACCAACACCCCUUCUCACUUGCAUCCCUGCUCGCUGUGCUGCUGCCCCCCAUGCGUGCCCUGCACGGCGUGCCAGGACACGUCGGUGUGGGUGUGGCAUGUGGGCAGCGCCGUGUGCUGCGCCAUCCUCCUGGGCCUCCACCGCACACCCGUGCUCUCCGUGGUGCGCCCACACGGGGGGGGAGGGGAGAGGGGAGGGGGGGGAGUGGGGCGUGGCGCAUGGCAGGGGGGUGGGGCGCAUGGCAGGGGGGUGGGGCGCAUGGCAGGGGGGUGGGGCGCAUGGCAGGGGGGUGGGGCGCAUGGCAGGGGGGUGGGGCGCAUGGCAGGGGGCAGUCAUGCUCCUUUUCCAUUUCCUUGUCUCUGCCUCUUUGUUUUCUCCGUGUCUCGCAUCUGCAUACAUCACUGCUUGGCCCGUUUGACCUGUUUGACCCGUUUGGCCCGUUUGACCUGCAUGACCCGUUUGACCCGUUUGACCUGUUUGACCCGUUUGACCUGCAUGACCCGUUUGAUCUGCAUGACCCGUUUGACCUGCAUGACCCGUUUGACCUGCUUGACCCGUUUGACCUGCUUGACCCGUUUGACCUGCUUGACCCGUUUGACCUGCUUGACCCGUUUGACCUGCUUGACCCGUGGGGGCAGGGCAGGACAGGUGAGUGGGACCUGGGAGAGCAAAUGCAUCUCAUGCGUGGGGCAGCGGAGUGGACGGGAAGGCCCUCUGACUUCCCCACCAAGCAAGUCGUCCUGCCGGUCAGUGCUUGCUGCAAGUCGUCCUGCCGGUCAGUGCUUGCUGCAAGUCGUCCUGCCGGUCUCUGCUGCACCAUCUCUCACUCCCCGAGGCUGUGCGCCCUCCUCUACCUCUUGCUGUGUCGGCAGGGCUUCGUGGCAGCGAGGGUGCACGCAGCGCCAGUGCAGCAAGGCGCCACGUACGGGAGCCACUUUGUGUCAAUGGUGACGUCUGCUCUCAGCCUUGCCACUUCCGUGCCCACCCUCACCCACUCUUGCACCGUCAUCUGCGCAGUGCUGCUGUGGCGGUGGACCUUCAUGCCCGGGCUCGACAUAAAGGAGGUGUGUAUGCGGCAGCACGCAACGUCUGUGCUGCUCACUGUGGCCCCCACUGUGUUGCUCACUGUGCCGCCCACUGUGUUGCUCACUGGCACCUCUCAAACACUCCUCCACCUGCACACGCCUCCGCUCUCUGCUGCCCACCCACCCGCUGUUGACAACUCCACUCACAACGCACCCUCUCGUCCACGCCCCCCGCGCUUCGCCAUGACGGCAGCACGGCGCUUCCUCGCCCUCCGUAGGUCGCCCAGUGGGCAUGCUUGUGUGUGUGGGGAUCCACGUGCCGCAUUCCACCGCAUUUCUCUGGGCGAUUCCAUUCAGGUGGGUGCAGCACAUGGUGGGUCAUCACAUGGUGGGUCAUCACAUGGUGGGUCAUCACAUGGUGGGUCAUCACAUGGUGGGUCAUCACAUGGUGGGUCAUCACAUGGUGGGUCAUCACAUGGUGGGUCGUCACAUGGUGGGUCGUCACAUGGUGGGUCGUCACAUGGUGGGUCGUCACAUGGUGGGUCAUCACAUGGUGGGUCGUCACAUGGUGGGUCAUCACAUGGUGGGUCAUCACAUGGUGGGUCGUCACAUGGUGGGUCAUCACAUGGUGAGCGCACAUGUCAACUGCACCGUACCUGUCCAGCAUCGCUGCUCGUGCAUGCAACACUCAUGCAGCACCUAUCCAAGUGGUCCAAGGACAUGAGUUCCCCUGCCAGGCUCUCUGCGCCGCUCACAGCAGUGCGUGUGUGCAUGGUGGUGCGUGUGUGCAUGGUGGUGCGUGUGUGCAUGGUGGUGCGUGUGUGCAUGGUGGUGCGUGUGUGCAUGGUGGUGCGUGCAGCAUCGUCAUCUGCUGCUGCGCCGAUGGCCAUCUGUACCGCUGGGACGUCAGCCCUCCGCAGGACGACCUCACAACCAUCGUGGUAG